AAAUAUAAAAGCCUAAAGUUUUUAAACAACUUGUAAGCAUGGAGAACUCGAAUUGGAGCUCCCUGGCUUCGCUGGAAUCUCUGGUGGUGUCAAAUGUGUCUGCGGACUUACCUGGUUAUCCGGGAAUUGAUAAUAUAUCGAAGGCCGAAGGUCCAAAGCCAAAGAAACCCAGGAAAGCUGAUUAUAUGAAGGACUUUUCCAUGCCCAAAGAAAUGGCCAGUGCCUAUAACAUGAAGACAGCUCGCUUGCAGUCGCAGGCGGAGGCCUUACCGUACCAGCCCGCUACAGUGGUCAUCCAGCCUCCCAAACAAUUGCCUCCGGAGGCGGAGAACGAUCGGCGGAUGUACGUGCCCGAUUUGAAUCAAGCCAUAACUCAUCGCGAUGUAUUCAACUACUUCUGCAACUUCGGGGAUCUGGAGCGAGUGUGCGUAAGGAAUGGCACGGAUAACUUAAACUAUGCCAUGGUCCUCUUUAAACGCACUGCCGGCAUGGAACAGGCCAUCAAAUCCAAUUCGCACGUGAUUAAGGGACACCAAUUGAGCUGCCGCAAGGCCACUGAAAGAUAUAAAAAUAAAUCAGUCAAACAGCCCUUUGGAUUAUUUGAUAAUAAACGGGAAAUCUCUAAGAAACCCGAACCAAAGUCGCCGAUUAAGUCAACUGUUAGACAGCAAAAGAUAGAGGAUCCCAAAAGAAGUAUCCAACUGGAGCUGAAUAGGACUUCCAAGCCACUUCGCAGGUCGAAACGAAUUCAGAAACAAGUAGAGUCCAAGGCAAAGAAUCAAGUGACUCCCAGCAAAUCAGACAGGAACUUUGUAUAUGCAGUGACCACAAAAGAUGGCAUCUCCCGCUGGAGUUUCAAGUUGUCUAGGUUGAAUCUGAGCCUGGACGAGCAGAGGGUAAUGGGAAAGGGUCUUCCACAGACGGCACAGACUCUCCUUGCUGCACGGACUUCGUCGUCAAAAUCUCCCAAAUCGAGUGCUCCGAAGAGUGCCGGAACCCAUUGUGAUCCUCCAGGACCUACUCGUGUUCCACCAGGACUUCCUUCUCCUCUCAAACCUCCCCUGGUUCCCCUGCCCAAAAAAGUCAUCCCAGAACCCGUGAAACCCGAUCUAAGGUCCGUUAUUUUGUCCACUUUGGGUCAGAAUUACGUGCAUCACUGCUAUACAAAUGUGGAGGCAUAUCGGAGGAGCAAGUGCUAUAUCGAUAUUCUACCCGAUGAGAGGAUUAAGCGUCCUUCUAUCAAGGAGUAUGUGGAUCAAAUUUAUGGAGAAAAAAAAUAGGAAUGGUCACUCUACUUUUAAAAUCGCAAAUACAGAGCAUUUUUUUAUCAAACGAAAAUUGAACACUAAAUUGUAUCUAUCAUAACCAUUUGACUCUCAAUCCAUUUUAAAGGAAACCCCAAAGGAUGUGCACCUGAUUCCUAGAACAUAUCAAUGGACUUGUUCGAACGAAAUGAGAAAAUAUUAUAAAGUUAAUUCCCCUUUUCGAUCACACUUGGACCCUUACAGACUGGAGGCACUCCAAUUGCAGCAACCUGUCAACAUAAUUAAUCCCCUGGAUCAGCUGAUGGCGGCAUUAUCCUCAUUGAAUGAUCCACAAAAUAUGAACAAUUCAUAAGAGACAAGGGAAUGCGAUAAAAGAGAAAAAAAAAGUGGGCCUUGAUUUCUUUUUAGCCUCUGUUUUGCCCGACAUUCCCAAGGAUGUGCCUCCAAAAAGCCGACUCUUCUUGUUGUUGGCCGUGUUAAUUGUCCAACAUUGUGAACGUGGACGUGAACUGGUCGGGUGCCAUUAACAAUCUUAACAACGAUCCACAACGAGCCGCAGCGAUCCCACGGCUUGUCGCCUUGUUUCUCGAGCGGUUUUUUAUGCCAUUUACGGAGAAAUCUUGCAACAAAUCAGGAGCUCCCUUUUCCAAAUUUUGUCCAUCUCUGUGAACCUGUGACGACGCAAUUCCUUGCCAUUAUCAGCUGCAUCCUUACAGGUCCUGCUGCACUAGUUCCCGUUCCCCGAUUCCCGAUUCAAUUUGGCUUUUAUUGGGAUCUCGGGCAUCCCGAUCCUAAUUGCGGUGGCAAUAGCUCGGCGGUUAAUCACUCUGUACCUGCGGCUUAGACAGUCAAACCCCGCAGUCAGUCAUCGCGGCGAAGGCGGACUUGGAUGGUAUAUGGUAUAUGGUAUAUGGUCCUGCAAAUGGAUCGACCUCGAUUUUCACCAGCCAAAUUGCGGCUUUGUGUUUACCUUUUCCCAUUUGCCGGUGGAUACAUUUCUGGGCCGGAUCGUUAUCUGGUUCCCUUUGUGCUUUCAAGGUUUAUGGUCUAGCACACACAUAUACGCUAUAUAUCCUGUGAGAACAAAUCCCAGGCUUGAGGAUGACCCCCGUAAACCCGAGCAACGAACAUCCCGACUAACAGCAACAACAUUCCACUAAGUACUCAUUUCCCCUGCUCCUUCCUUUUUUUUUUUGGGGCAAACUCGCAGUACUGGCACAGCCUGGAAAAUCUACAUAAUGACAGGGCCAUCCCGAAAACUAGUUCAGAUCGCAAAUUACGAACCGGUAAGGGAUGGCAUGGGAUCUAUUCGGUUGCAGUUCCCAUUUGGGACACAGGACGCAGGACGCAGUACAGGACACCAAACGCAACGGGGGACGCGGCAGUUGAGGUUCGGCAAAGGUCAUGUCAGGACUUUGCAUAAAAUAUUUGAAAAUGUUUUCAUUAUGCCCAUCCUGUGCCCAGAGGAUCUUGGCAUAUAUUGGUGAUAAAUUAGUUUAAUGUUCGGAACACCAAACUUCGGAAGGAAAAAAACAAAACUAAAAAGACACUCGACCGCAGCUGAGACGGCAAAGCUUGGCAGGAAAAAUCGUCUUUCCAUUUUGGCGGCAUUUUUUCGACAUGUACGUGUCCACCGAAAUGAACUCGAAUCCUGGCAACUAAUGAACUGCGCAAACAAUGACCGACUCUUUAAGGAAAAACUAAAUAAAAAUCACGUUUGGGAAAUUUUCACAUCGCUGAUUUUAAAUGGAAAAAAAAAAUACACACUAUGGGUGGACAGUGCAGGACAAACAGGAGAUCAGGACAUGACACAAUUGCAGGCCGCCGGACAAUUGUUGCACUCACGCACGUGCAAUGUUCCUGUGGAUCUGUGGAUUUCGAAGUCGAGUGUGCAGAGCCACGCCCAUUGUCAUAUAGCCGACCAUAUAGUUUCGAAUCCAACCGAACACACUUAACCUUUGUCCGCGAUGGUCGAGUAUAAUGAAAACCCUCCGGUGCUUGAGAAAGCCAGGCGGGGGCUCGAAGGGUUUUUGAAGAGGCCGCGACUCCGUCGUCCCUCACUGUGUCACCUAAAUGCGUUCCAGGAAUAUAUCUCAGAGAUAGAGCAACAGCCAUUCAAUAAAUGAUUCUGGUCAAUGGCAGGGAGUGGCCAGUAAAUCCCAUUCAGAGAUGACCCGAGAACGAUAAAACCCGACUUUGCCGGAAUGCGGUUGCCGCCUAUACUUUUAUUUAUAAAUUCAUUUGGUUAUUUCUAAGAAUAUUCCAUGGGUACUUAACCUUUUUUUUAUAUAACUGUUUCGAUACGCAAAACAUACUCAACA